AAAUAGCCAGCCAUACAUAGCUUUACUCAUAUCACGCACGGACUCUAUAUACUCUCCAUCCACAAACUCACUGUCUCUCUUCUCCAGUCUCAUCGCUUCCGAUCGCAAUCCAUCGGCACUAUCUCUCCAAUCAAUUCUGUCCAUCACCGUCGCCGGCCGGAAGCAAUCAUGAAUGAUGCCGAUGUCCCCAAGCAGAUCCAGCAGAUGUGCCGAUUCAUUCGGCAAGAAGCCGAAGAGAAGGCCAACGAGAUCUCCGUCUCUGCCGAAGAGGAAUUCAACAUCGAGAAGUUGCAGCUGUUAGAAGCGGAGAAGAAGAAGAUCAGGCAGGAGUAUGAGCGUAAGGAGAAGCAAGUCGAUGUUCGUAAAAAAAUGGGCUUUACAUUUUCUUUUGGCAGUGAGUACUCAAUGCAGCUUAAUGCUUCCCGGAUCAAAGUUCUUCAGGCCCAAGAUGAUGUGGUCAAUUCCAUGAAAGAGUCAGCAGCUAAGGAUCUUCUGAAUGUGAGCGGUGAUGAUUAUAAGUACAAGAAGCUUCUGCAGGAUCUCAUAGUUCAGAGCUUGCUUAGACUGAAGGAACCUGCUGUCUUGCUGCGUUGCCGUGAGGCGGACGUCAAUCUGGUAGAAUCUGUGUUGGAAUCAGCCAAAGAGGAAUAUGCUGAAAAGGCACAGGUUCAUGCACCAGAAAUUCUGUUGGACCAUCAAAUCUAUCUGCCACCUGCUCCUAGCCACCACAAUGUUCAUGCUCUUUCUUGCUCUGGAGGUGUGGUCCUGGCGUCCCGAGAUGGGAAGAUCGUGUUUGAGAAUACCCUCGAUGCACGUCUGGAUGUUGUGUUCCGUCAGAAGCUCCCCGUGGUAUGAACACUGUUAUUCUCUCUAUUUUUACAUUCUUGCAACAGAGAGUUGACACUAUUAUGUUUGGUAGAAGAAAUGAAUCAGGAUUGGCUGAGUUCAUUUUCCUUUCCGAUUAGGAUUUGAUCGAGUUCUAGAAAAAGUAGAAUUGAUGGCUAUGAAAUGUUUACAGCAAUGCAAGGUAACUAAUAGGAUGGGCGUGUGUUUAAAAACGAUAUAAUAAAAAUCAGGUAACUAUUAUAGGCAAGUAGAUUCUUGUUAUGUGACUUUGGGAUUUGAGUAAGCUAUGAGGAAUAGGACGAGUUGUUGCUAGAUUUGGAAUGUAAAAUGUGUAUUUGUUUCAUUGAU